AAGAGAAACCAUUAGUUUGUGACCUGUGUGGAGAAGUCUUCAGCAACAUUAGCGAAAUUAUUCAUCAUAAUCAAGAACACACUUAAAGACUGAAAUGAAUUCUGUUGAGGAGAGAUUUAUUUGUGAACUUUGCGGGGAAACCUACUCUGAAAAACUGCAACUGGACAAACAUCGAACGACCCAUAAUUGGAAGUCACUGGGAGAAUGUGUCUGUCCCAUAUGUAAUAAAUCUUUCCCGCAUGAUUGCAGACCGACUGAGAACCAAAAAGUCCACACUGAAGAGAACUUAUUUGUUUGUGACAUUUGUGGAGAACGUUUUACUGAUAAGCAAGUACUUAGUGACCAUCACAAUACUCACAAUAUGCAAACGCUAUAUGGUUGUGACAUUUGUGGACAAGUUUUUUCACAAAGAAAUUUGUUGACUGCCCAUAAACGUACCCACUCUAAAGAAACUUCGUUUGUCUGUGAUAUUUGUGACAAAUCGUAUGCAAGUAAACGUAAUCUAAGCAUCCAUCAGCGUGUACACACAUUAUACAAGCCGUUUGCUUGUGGCUUUUGUGGAAGAGCCUUUUCACGAAAACAUCGCUUGGUCAGCCAUCAGCGUAUCCACACAGGAGAGAAACCAUAUGUUUGUGACGUUUGUGGGAAAGCAUUUUCACUUAAACCCUCCCUUAUAGGCCACAAGAGAAUUCACACUGGAGAGAAACCAUUCGUUUGUGAUGUUUGUGGGAAAGCAUUUUCUCUCAUGACGACCCUCACCGGCCACCAGCGAACUCACACUGGAAAGAAAUGCUAUGUCUGUCCAAUUUGUGGGAAAGCCUGCCCUUCUAAAAAGACUUUAUCCAAGCAUCGGCAUGUCCACACUGGAGAAAAAACAUCUGUCUGUGACAUGUGUGGAAAAGCCUUCUCGCAAAAAAACAAACUGGACACCAAUCAGAGUGGCUACCUUGGAGAAAACCCUCUUGUUUGCGACAUUUGUGAAAAAACGCUGGCAAUGAGGUGUAACCCGAUCCUUAAGCCUGCCCCCACUGAAGUAAAACCUUUUGUUUGUAACAUUUGUGGGAAAGUAUUCAAUUGUGAAGAGGACUUUAGAGAACACGAGCUUGUCCACACUAGAGAAAAAGUGUUUGUUUGUGACAUUUGUGGGAAAGUUUUUAAUUGUGUAAAGAACUUUCGAGAACAUGAGCUUGUCCACACUAUAGAAAAAGCGUUUGUUUGUGACAUUUGUGGGAAAGUUUUUAAUUUUGAACAGAACUUACGAGAACAUGAGCAUGUGCACACUAGAGAAAACGUAGUGUUUGUUUGUGACAUUUGUGGGAAAGCGUUUUCACAAAAAUUUCUCCUGACCAACCAUCAACAUGUCCACACUGUAGAGAAUUCAUUGGUUUGUGCUAUUUGCGACAAAUCAUUUGCAAGUAAGCGUAACCUAAGUGUUCAUCAGCGCGUCCACACUUUACAUAAGCCCUUCGCUUGUGGCUUUUGCGGAAAAGCUUUCUCACGAAAACAUCGCCUGGUCAGCCAUCAGCGUAUCCACACUGGAGAGAAACCAUAUGUUUGUGACGUUUGUGGGAAAGCAUUUACAAUCAAAACUACCCUAACCGGACACAAGAGAACCCACACUGGAGAGAAACCAUAUGGUUGUGACGUUUGUGGGAAAGCAUUUUCACUGAAAACCACCCUAACAUGCCAUCAAAGAGUCCACACUGGUGUAAGACCGUAUGUUUGUGACACUUGUGGAAAAGCAUUUCCUCAAAAAGGAGGUCUAAAUGCGCACCAGAAAAUCCAUGCCAAAGAGAAGCGAUUUAUUUGUGACAUUUGUGGUGAACGUUUUACUUAUGUGCGUAGUCUUAUUGAUCAUCAACAAACUCACUCUGAAGAGAAAGCAAAUGUUUCUGGGUUUUUUAGAAAGUGUACACAAGAAGAGGCUGUCUAAAUGGACCUGUGUAUUUUUUCGACAGUCUGGAAUUUUUUUUUAUAUGAUGGUUUUGUUUCAGUGUCGUGUACAUAACCAUGUUUUAAAAAUGUAAGAUCCGGAACAACCUACACUCGGGAAAAGGGCAAACCUGAAAAAACAUCAAACAACUCACUUUCAGAUGUCAUUGAAAAAUGUGCUACGAUUGUUUUGUGUUAAUUAGUUUUUGUGCUUUAAAGGAACACGUUGCCUUGGAUAGGUCGAGUUGGUCUUUGAAAAGC